AUGCGCGUGGACGACAACACGAGCCCGCCCGUCGCUUACGGACGGCCGCAAGUCGCGGCCGCAGUGGGGCGACCGAUGGUGGCCGGCGGUGCGGUCGAAAUGACGACGACGGGCGUCGCCCAUGUCGCUCCUGCUGUGAUGCGCCGCAACGAUGGGGUCGACGCGCUCGGCUUUGUGCUUCUGGAGCGGCAAUCGCCCACCGACGCUCGCCGCCUCGCUGGCGUCUAUGUCUCGUGCUCCUGGUUGUGUCUGCCGUGGCCACUGCUGUCCUGCCGCAAGUUCUCUGCGCCCGACGAGGACACGCUUCGCGCAGACUGCUGCGGCGGCGGUUGCGGCGGGGAGGAAGCGCCUGUGUACAAGCGCGACAUGGACGAAGACGGCUAUCCGGGUCCGCCCAACGCCUUCUCCAGCGUCACCGUUGGCGCCGCUCCUUCCACCUUUGAAUUUGGUUCAUGCAAUGGCUUCUGCGCCGGCUCCUCCGACCACACUUGCUACCUCCGCAUCUUCUAG